AUGUUUGAACCAGACCAAAUUGCGAUUUUGAUCAAGAUUUCUGUUCUGGGUUGUCUAUUCUUUGGAGCGUACACAAUUUUCACAUUAUUUUAUUUGGAUCAAAUCAGAAGGAAGGUAGGCUUUCAUAGGGAUUUGUGAACAACACGGUUGCUAAAAAAUCUAUAUUAUUAUGGGCAUUUUGCUUAUAAAAAUUUCAAAAUCUUACUGUAGCAGCUCUUACCUUCUCCGGUAAAAUUUUUACUUUUUACUAAAAGGGAUUUGACUUCAAUACGUCGUAAAUUGAUUUCAGUCCUCGUUGAACUCAAAUCUUCGCCUUCUUCUUGGCCACAUCGCUGUUCCCAUGUGGUUUAUGCUGCUUGUUGAUUCGAUUCUUACAACAAUUUUUCUCUUCGACGACUACAACUACCCGUUGUAUAAGCCAGCAUGGUAUCCAUUAGACAUCUGUAGGGUUUUACAAGUUUUUUUUUUCAUUUUUUGUUAGAUACAGUGGCGCACCUGAUAUGGUGGCAAAAAACAUACUAUUUUGCAUCCGGGAAGUAUCAAAAAUGUGGCAAAAUGUCGGCCUCUCCAAGUUAAUAUCACUCCGAUUUCAAAAACGCGCCAGUUAUUAUAUUUUUGUGCGGGAAAGGGCGCGCUUCAAAACGGAGUUUAUUAGUUGGAAGGGGAGGCAUUUUGAUACAUUUUUUGACACUUCCAGGAUGCAAAAUGCUACAUUUUUAGCAUUUUCUGGAUCAGGUCUCACUUUAUCUAUAUAAAAAUUUUAUUUUUUAUAGCCCUUAUGGUAUUCCUCGCUCACUUGAUGGCGCAGCUUGCUGAGCGAGCGUUUGCCACAGUCCUCGUCGCAAAAUAUGAGGAGAUUGGGACAAGGUUCCCAAUAAUUGGACUAAAAAUCAUCAUUGUUCAAUGGAUUUACGGGAUAAUCUGUUUCUGUAUUAUGAGGACACAUGCUCUGAAAUACGUGACUGGCUUUCAGUUCACCUUCGAGACCGUGGUUACUGUAACAGUAAGUCAAUUUUUUGCACAUUUCUAUGUCUAGAUGUGCUACCUUCUCCCUCGGAUUUCCAACAGGAUGUAUGAAGAGUACAAAAAUCCCAGCACCGCUAUGCAGAGCGCUAUAACGACCCUUGGUCUGCGAUACCAAACUUCGGAGAACCUGAAAGCCGCAAAUUUGACCAGCAAAAUUAUUACUGUUCAAAUAAUUACUAGCUUGAUUACUUUUGGACUGCAUGUUUGGGCAAGAAAUACAACACCAAAUUCGUUUGAAUGGCUGAUGAUCAUGAAGGGAAUGCACGGACUUUUGGGGAUAUCGGUAAGAGAAGCAACGGUCUUUGUGACCGAGAGAGUGCGUAAAAUGCGGAGAGCCGUCUAGGAAAAACAUGUCUAUUAAUUUGACCCAAAAAAACAUGAUUAUUUUACGGCAACAUUAACCUCUACUGUACGAGAGGUUUUCCUACAGAAAUUGAAAAAAUUCAUCAUGCUUUUUUUUCAGGCAGUCGUUCAGCAAUCCAUCGUUCUUUACGAACUUCGAAGCAAACAUAAUUCACGUAAAGUCCUCAAUAUCUCCCAACAGCAGGCUGCGGCAAGCCAGCAGAGACUUUAUUUCCAGCAGUUGGCCGAUCAGUGGAACCAAACCUGA